UAAACCAAGAAGUAAUUGAGAAAUAAGUUGUUCAUUUUGGGUCUUCAAAUAUAUAGCCUUCCCUUGUCAAUCUUCUCGCAAGUGAUUGCGAUUUCCCAGGAGUAAUCUGAGUGCUGAAACAGGGGUUUUUGAGGUAGCUUCGUCCUUCUAGUCAGGCAAACUUCCUAUUGAUACGGUGUAGUGGGGUUCAGUUUUCACGAAGAGAAUUGCUUUUUGACGGCCUAUUCUUAAUGAGGUAACCUUAGGAAUGAGGAUCCUACAUGGGAAUAAACACUGCAUGGUACAAGCGUUAAAAUCUUUAGUGGAGUAUUGCUCCUCACUUCCAAAGUGGUCCUGCAAAUUAGUUUACAAACAGGGGACUUCGAUGUUAAGUCGAACUUCGGGUUCAUUUUUGUGAGGAACUAAAAUCUCUGGCUGUGACACUCUUCCCUUUUGCCUGGUCGAAGAUACGAUCACUGUUGGACUGAUGACAAAUGUUGUAGCUCUUGCGUGUCGCUUGCAGUGUGUCUCAAAUGCAGAUCGUCGUCCCAAGUCGGAAGUAAUGAGUGUGCAGCGUCGAAGCUUAAUUGAUUCUUAGCUGGAUGGAUACAUAUUAUUUUCCAAUCAGCGAGUUAUAUUGUUUGCAAGCCACACACGGAAAUUUCGAAAUUGAAAUGCAGUAUGGAUGUCACUAACCUGUUUAAGAAUAUGUAUUCAGGUUAUUUUUUCAUUGACAAGAUUUGUUAUUUUGUCCUACUAUUCUUUUGUGGCCUAACUUAAAUUUCUAUAUACUUGAUUGUCCAGUCGAAGUGGAAUUCUAUGGAGGAAAAUCUUUCAAGAACACUAGAACUGAAGUGGAGUCUCAAAACGUGAACUCUUGAGCGAAUUGCUGUUUGUGAAGCUGCGUUUUUUGUUUCCCAUACCAAACGCUGCACGACAAAUGUUUUUCGCUUUGAUGACAUGGCCUUAGACGUCAUUGUUUUCUGUCUUUGGAUUGUAAAGAUUAUCGUUUUCUGAAGCUUCUCUUCGAAGUCUUUAAGUGCCAGUGGGACUAUAUUUAUGCGAUACUAUUGGGGAUUCAGUUAACAAUGAGACUGGCAUUGCUACCUAUAUGAUUUGCUGGAGGGUAGAUGGUUUUUGGAGGAGAGAGAGAAGUCCUGGCAUGAAAAUGAAUAUAGAAGGGUGAUGGAAGUGCUGCGAUGAGUUGAGAUAUUGAUGGGUCUAGAAAGAUGGAACUAGUUAAAAUUAUCUGUCGUGUUUGAGACCCUAAUGACGAGUUUGAAGCCUGCCAUGAAAUUGACAAGCGCGCUGAGUGGGGAGGCGGUGGGUCGUGUGGUGCGAUCGCAAAACUCGAAGGAAUUGCAGCAAAGUGUGAAACUAGUGGACUCCAAGAUCACGUUCAAGGUGAAGAAAGGAGCCAAGGAGGGGAAGGAGAAGGGGAAACUAACCGGGAAGAGCAAGGCUGCCGCUGUCCUUGCGGUGAUCGAGUCUGUUCUCGACGGGGGUGGUGCUGCUGUGGCGGAACAGGGGAAGAGGUCAAGGAAGAAGACCCAAAAGGCGGCCGUCGUCUCUGAAGCGACAUCAGCGAGCCUUGAUACAGAGCUCACAGCAACAACCUCUGAGAGAACUGAGUUUCCUUCCCUAGUAUCGGAUGCAGUGCGGAAAGCUACAAUUUCAAUAUCUGAAAGGGAAUCGUGGAAUAUCAGUCUGUCGACAGCAGAAGUAGUUGCCGAGGCCACCAAACACCUAAUUGCAGCGGAUGCGAAACUAGGAGACGUCAUUGGUGCUCAUGGGGCAUGUCCUAUGUGGGAGCAGGAGGGGACCUGCUUCACUGCUUUGGCUCGCAGCAUUGUCUACCAGCAGAUCUCUGGCAAGGCCGCUUGCGCCAUUUACUGUCGUCUCAUCAGCAUUUGCGGGGGCCUAGAAAGUGUGACUCCACCAGUGAUAGCAGCACUCACAGUCGAGGAGCUGCGAGCCGUCGGGAUCUCAGGUCGCAAGGGACUAUACCUCCACGAUUUAGCGGAGAAGUUCACGUCAGGACUCCUCUCGGAAGCGAAGCUCAUCAUCAUGAAUGAAGAUGAUCUCGUCAAAGCUUUAACGGCCGUGAAGGGCAUUGGUGUUUGGUCGGCACACAUGUUCAUGAUAUUUUAUCUGCGUAAGCCUGACGUCCUUCCUGUUGGAGAUUUAGCUAUUCGCAAAGCCUUUCAGAAAUUAUAUCACCUCAAUCAGCUGCCAUCUCCGGCCGAGAUGCAAGAGCUUGCAUUCCCUUGGAGACCUUAUCGAACCCUAGCUUCCUGGUAUCUUUGGCGGAUGACCGAUAACAUGCUACCUGAUGCUUGACCUCAAAAUCAUGGAACCAUAUGUCUAUGAACUGAUACUCAGCUUCUGGGAAGUCUGUUGAAGUACAGCCAGAGAUAGUUAGAAUAAUUUGGAUUGCCAGCUUACUCCAAACUGUACAGCUUUUGAUUACAAAAAGCAUUCAAAUAAUAUUAUUUUAACAUCCUUA